AUGUCCCCGACCUCUAGUGAAGGAGCGGCCGGGGCUCUUGCCCGACGCAACCGUCAAUUGGCCACGAUGCUAGACACGACUGUCACGGAGCUCAAGAAAUUGGCGGCGCAGACAGCGCAGGCGGAGUCGCUUGCCGACGAGACAGCCAGGAUAGCGCACAGGAACGCCAUCGAGACGGCGGCGGCACGUGUGUAAUUUGUGCAGGUCUAUCUGAAGGACGGCCACCCUGCUGCUUCCUAACGAAGAGCCGAGUCGGCUGCCAAGCGUUUCGACGAUGACAACGCCAGCGGUCGGCAGGGGGAGACCCCCGGCAACGGUGGCACUUGACACAACGCAUGUGGUGGCCAGCACCGCGGCGGUCCACGACACGGUCAGAGACGACUUGGGGUUGCCGAAAGAUUCGCAGCGCGGGAGCCUGCUGAACACCCCGGUCGUGAUUGGCUCUCCUGACCCGAACUCUCUGCUUGAAAAGCCGGAGCCUCAGGAC